CCACUUUUAAUAUCAAGGUCACUGGUGUCAGCGUGACUUGGGGUGGGCUUCUUUUCACUGUUUUUUUAAACUUAAUUCCAAUGAAAAUCGAUUUAGCUGUAGACUAACAUAAUGAAAAGAUUUUCAAAAUUAUUUUUGGUCGCAUGUGCAUACGUUAGCACAUGCUUUUUUGACAAAAUAAUAGCGAACAUGACCCCGAGCUCCCAGUUUUCGGGAAAUUUAGGGGAAAUCGCACCAAAACCUCAAAGUCUGUAUAGACUUGUAAGUGUCAUGUUCGCAAAGUAAAUUAAUUAACUUACUUUAUCAGACGCUGUAACUAGACAUUUUCAUAGAAUAGUCAGAUAACAGUUUUAUCUGUCGCGCAAGGGUUCUUUUUGUAAUAGCUCAAACCUGUUCCACAAUGUCAGCUCCAUAUUUGAGAUAACUGCUACAUGCUAAAUCUUGACAUACAGCUAAAAUAUGCUUUUUUAAAAUUCCUGAAGACUCAUGUAAUUCAUAUUCGUAUUAAUUACCAAGUAGUCACUAUCUAUCCUUUCAAGAUAUUCAGAUCAGUAUAUUUGGAUGCUGACGACUUCGUUUUUCCCUGGACUUGUACAUAAUUCCCACUACCACAUCCUAUUACUGCAGGACCAUUGAUCUUCCCAGAUUUGGACCGUAUGGUAUCGAAAUCAAUUACCUGUCUUAACGGAUUCAAUCAAUGGAAGCACUACUUGCCUGUGUAGAUAUUCCUCCAGAUUGUCAUGAUGCUAUACCUCUCUUGAACUUGGAAAAUAAAUCUUUCUCCAAGUUUUUCAAGCGAAUCUUAAAAAGGCUAGAAAAAGGAGAGACUUGUGUUCAAAAGGCGUUGCCUAAAUUAUCAGAUAAUGAUACUGAAGAAGAAUCAGAAUACGUACUUAUUGGGACCGCUCAAGAGGAAAAUUCUAGAAUAUUAUUCGCACGACUUCCAAACUCGUCAGGGAGUAAUGAAGUAUACAAACUUCCAUUUGUUCGUUUCACCGUUCGUAGGACUAAUGAACCUAUAACAAAACAGAAUCAGGAUACCGCAAAUAACAGCAUUGAACCUUAUCUACAGGAUACUUUUAAACGUCUUGAUGAUAAAAUGGAAAAUUUUGGAGCACAAUUGUCUAAAUUGAUAGAAUCUUUAUCACAGAAACCAGCGCCUCGACCUCCAAGGAAAUCGCAAACACCCACAGUAACUGCUAGUGCAUCAAAGCCUAACUUAACAUCAAAACCUAUAUUAGCUUCACAACUUUCACCUAAUUCCACUUCCAAAUCAACACCAGCAUCUAUGAUGAAACCUGGAUCUAUACCAAAAAAUGCAUCCACUCCAAAGUCUAUGAUCAUAAAUCAAGCAAACUCUAUUGUUUCAUCCACUGAAAAUAAACUCAAAUCAACUCCGAUUAAAUCAUUAUCAUAUGGUCAUGUUUUAGAAAGCCAACAUUUAAAUGAAAGUGGCACUAAAAAGAAACAAAAUGAAUCAUCGACACAAGGUCAUAGUCAAAUUGAAAAUCCAAGAUUCGCUUCAAUGAUUGAUAAAGCUAUUGAUCAUGUUUUAGACCGUAUUAAUAAAGGGAAAGAUAUUAAAAUUGGACCGAUAUUCCAAGAGAGAUUAAGUUCUGUAAAUAGAUGCAAUAAUACACUUGAUCAUAUCGAUCUGUCGUCUAAUCGUGUUGACAUUGAUGAUGAUGAUGAUGGUGAUGACGAUGAUAACAACAACGAUGCCAAUAUCACUACUUAUAACCAUGUUGUAUAUGAUAGAAAUCAACAUAAUCUUAAUAUUAAACCUAAAAAGAAUUUAGUUGCCAUUUCACCAUGUGUAUCAUUUAUGGUGAAACCAGUUCAGAGUAGUGCUGGUAACAACAUCAAGCUGAAUAAUAAUAAUAAUAGAAAGGAUCAAUUAUCCACUGAAGAUUAUGCAGAAUUAGAAUCAUUUUUACAAAACGAUUCUGUCGUAAAUCAUGUUCAUUAUUCAACUGAUUAUGUUGUUGUUGAUGACAAUGACCGAAAACAUAAACACAAAAAACGGAAAUGUACAAAUGAUGAUUAGAUAAUAAAACAACGGGAUGACAUUACCUGUACAUAUGUUCAUGUGUGUGUGUGUGUGUUUGUGCUUGUGUCCAACUUCACUUUUGUACAUAGUUACAAGUACUAUAUAUAUAUAUUAGGUCGGUUUUUUUUGUUUCGUUAUACCGCGUGAUAUCUGUCUGUACUUUACCUGUUGACUAGUCCAUUUAUCACAUGUAUUACAUAAGUGCUUCAUUGUUUCAUUUAUUUAACCUUUUGUUUUGAUAUAGUAGCAAAGCAAUAAGAUCUAAUUUAUAUAAAUACACAAUCUAUUAACCAGA